AUGGUGCGCAGCCGCGCGACGCCGACGCUGGUCGUCACAAUUGUGUUCUUUGUGCUUGCUUCGAUAUUCGUUGCUCUUCGGUUUGUGUCUCGUGUGGGUGUUGUGCGCAAGGUUGUCUUGCAUGAUUAUUUGAUUCUGUUGGCUUGGGUAAUCGACUUUGGGUUCGUGUUCGCUAUAUGUUAUGGUACAACAAAGGGCCUCGGAUUACACCAGCAAGAUGUCCCGCCCUCGUCGAAUGCGGCUUUGAAUACGAGUGAAUAUGUGGCGAAUGUAUUAUAUAAUCCCGUCUUGAUGGUCCUAAAAACGUCGAUCCUCACAUUCUACAUCGUCCUCUCAAAGACCAACAAAAUCUUUCGGUGGGCAAUCUUUGCGACAAUCCUCGUCGUCAACGCCGCUGGAAUCGCCCUAACAAUGGUCAACAUCUUCCAAUGCGAGCCGGUCAGUGCAGCAAUUUGGUUACCUGCCAACGGCAAUGCGAAUUGCUUCAGCAUAGUCACGAUAUACCUCUCCUCCGCACCCGUCAAUCUUAUCACCGAUGUUGCGAUUUUCUUCCUGCCACUACCAAUCCUGACUCAAUUGCGACUUCCCCGAAAGCAGAAACUCAUAUUGAUAAUCACGUUCAGUUUUGGUUUCUUUACUGCGGUUGUCGAUGUCAUUCGUGUCGCAUACUUGCAGAGUGCAGCGACAUCAAAUGCGGUGCAGAAAACGAAUGGACUUGGUGAUGAUGGUAACUCGAAACUCCACCAGGAUUUUUCAUGGUACGGAGCAUUUACAUUCAUGUGGUCCGCCGUCGAAAUUAACGUUGGUAUCAUCUGUGCAUGCGUGCCGAGUUUGAAGCCGUUAGCUGCACGUCUACUCCCCAGAAUGAUCAGAGGUUCCACAGAGUCAUCCAGCACACAGUUUGGAAGUGCAGUCAGGUCAAAAUUUCCUCGCGCCGAGGCUGCUCCAUUAGCAAUUCCUGAAAUCCAAAAUCCGCCGGCCAGUUUUAUGGCCCCGGGGGCUUAUACAGAUCAGGGUCCUGCAGCCGCAGCAGAAGCAGCACCACCACCACCGCCCCAUCGUCUUUCACAAGAACUUAUAGAAAUGUCUGAUUUCCUAGUCAAUUCGGGUCCUGGUCUCAGCGAUGAUACCGAAAGCAGCGCAACAACCGAUCCAUCUCCACCAUUGAAUAUGACGACCUUUUUCGAUUUUGUUAACCUCAAGAAACCCAAGAGUAUGCUUGCAAUGAGCAAUAAAGAAUCUAUACCUCCUCUGGCAUUGACAACAAUACUGUUUUUCCUGUGGGGUAUCGGUUAUGGUUUCCUAGAUACCCUGAACACUCAAUUUGGGUGGAUCACUGGAGUCAGCACCUGGGGUUCUUUAGGUUUGCACGCGGCCUAUUAUGGAGGUUACCUUGUCAGUCCUCUUACCAUAGGACGGUUUAUGCUGAAAAUAUGGGGUUUCAAGUCGACUUUUAUCGCGGGACUGUUCAUAUAUGCUUGCGGUGCGCUUAUCUUCUGGCCAUCCGCCGUCUUGAGAUCGUUUCCCCCAUUCGCUAUAUCAAAUUUCAUCGUGGGCUGUGGAUUUGGAGUUCUCGAAACGGCAGCAAACCCGUUCAUAUCGUUGUGCGGGCCGCAGGAGAACGCCGAGAUUCGUCUUAAUCUUUCACAAGCAAUACAAGCUACUGGCAGUGUUCUCUCGGCGGUUCUCGCCGAGAAAGUACUUUUCAGGUCCGUCACUAGUGCAGCCAACUUGGUUAGGUUCCAAUGGACAUACCUUGCCAUAGGACUUUUUGACUUGCUCCUGGCGGCGGCUUUUUACUAUCUACCAAUCCCAGAGGCAACGGAUGACGAUCUUCAGGAACUGGCUGAUCGGAGAAAGGAUGACGUUACAGCACGUAUUUUUGGUCUGCCUGUCGUUUGGGCAACUUUCACGCUGGCUGCAUUCUCUCAAUUCUGGUACGUGGCCAGUCAAGAAGUUCUUAUCUUUAGCUUCACGGACUAUGUUCAACAGCAACUUCCAAAUGGAAGCGCUGAUCUCAUGCCUCUCGACUUUUUGCUACUCGGUCGUGGUCUCUUUGCACUCGGAAGAUUCGUUGCGGCGAUCGCAAAUCUCUUCUUCAAACCGCGGUGGAUUCUGUUGGUGUCGUACAUUGGCCUGAUCGUAUUCGCUGUACUUGCCAAGGAACUGCACGGCAUGUCGGGUGUGGUUAUCGGGUUGAUGUUGUUCCUUUUCGAAAGCGGCGUCUUUAGCAUCACAUUCGCCAUCUCCCUCCGCGGCAUGGGGAGACAUACCAAGACAGCCGCUGCCAUUAUGGCCACGACCAUAGGUGGAGGAACAUUCUACCCUUUCUUUGGAGAAAUUGCACGAAUUCACCACCACGGCAGUGUCCCGUCUUCGUAUGUCGUUUUGGUGGUGGGAUACUCGGCUUCUGCCAUCUUCCCGUUAUAUCUGAUGCUUGUGCCGCAGGCGAAGAAGCAGGUUGAUCCAGUGUUGAACGACUACUUGCACCGUCGUCGAUUGACACUUCGCGGUCGACCAUCGAGACGCAAGAAUGGUGAUGCUAGAAACGAAACCGGCAACGGCAACGGUCACAGUACUCCGCCGAACAACAAACGAGAUCACUACUCACUCGGGGGCGUCCUAUCGCGACCACGCAGCUUGAUGGACGAGCCUUCCUUUACGGUUGGCUUUGAAACGGCUCCAUCCGCGUCGGGUGUGAGCGUACAUGAUUUGGCUUAUGAGCAUGAUCGUACCUAA